UCGACAUUCAAGAUGUCCUCUUUCAGACAUAUUGUCGGUUUGCCCGUCCUUGUAGCAGUUGCAAGUGUUGCCAUCUACGGUCAUCGGAACUACAUGGAUCGCAUUCCCAACGGUUAUACCGUUCCAAACCCCUGCGUUCCAGGCCAAGCAUGGCAGGCGUCCGGCCAUUAUGACUACCUCACUGAGUCAGGACCUGUGAAUAUUUUCGGGGAUGACUUUGGUGGUGCAGGGCAUAGAUGGACCACCGAACUUUGCCGAAUGGAUUCUGACGGAGAUGGUCGAACUAACGGUCAAGAAUUAGGGGACCCUCAAUGCGUCUGGACCCCCGGGGCAACCCCACAGAUGAAUGCUACCGGACACCCAGGCGUCUGCGAACCGAUGAAUUCGACAAGAUGCCCAUAUGAUGACAGCAUUUGUCUGUAAGAAUUGAAAAAUAAAACCACCAAAAAAAAA